AUGGGUUUCUUCAGCACACCAACCGAAUACACCAUCCAAAGCGAAACGUCUCCACCGCCAAAAUUGAACACUCUAUUUCUUUUCCGUGACUAUGGAACAGAUCUCGAUGUUGUCCAAAAGGAGUUCUCCAAAGUUGUGGACAAAGGCGCUUAUAGACUAAGUUCGCUUGGCUGCAAACUUUCUGGAAAUUUUCACCAAGUGACGGAGUUUCAGUCGCUACAGAAGGAUGACGUGAACGACCUCGAGCUGGACAUUUUCAUUAAAAUGGCACGUUCACGAACCGGUAUUCCCUCUUUUGGCCAAAGACCUUCUCCAGGUACCACAAUGGUCGUUUUCCAAGUUCGUCACACGUUCUUGACAUUUGACAAGUCAAAGUACGAGCUGUUGAUGCCAAUUUUGGGAGGCUGCUUUUACGUAUGUGGAGACCACUUCAAGCUAUUUCCCGGUCCAAAGUUUCCAAUGACACAUCUGCUUUAUGGAGCUGGAUGUGAACUGAUCUCAGGGUCCGAGCACAAAUUAGACAAUGAUGUUCGAUUGAAGUUCAACGCCGAAUUCAAGCACGCUUCGUGGUUUCGCCAGAAAGCGUUUCAUCGUAUUGUGCUUCCCAAAAUGCCCGUUUCAGAUUUUCUCUCUUUGAAACUUUGGCUAAAACGUAAUGAGAAGCUUGAAGAACCUUUCAUUCUUUCUGAGAUAAGCAUCGAGCUCCAGGAGUUUGUCAGUGUCCAUGAACAAGGGCAUUUUUUCCAGGAGGUGAAAAGCCAGCUUUUGGUGAAACAGUCCGCGCUGUAUCUGGUCUUUCUCUCCGAAGAUCCUUUGGAUGUUUGUCCAGACAUUGCUUUACCGGACCUUGGCCCAUCCUUCUACACGAGGGAUCUCACGAGAAGUUAUGGGUUGCGUAUUUCAGUGAAAGUAUCUCACCAGAGCCGUCCUAGCGUAUCUGCCUCAGCGUUUAUGGAAAUCAAUGUAGCGCAAGAAAUCCAAGAACGCAUAAGGUAUACCACUUUGGACGACAAGGAGUACUAUGGAUCGAACUUUACAAGAAACGUUGUAUCGUGUGGCAACUCAAGCUUCAAAGAUUAUCUACCUUGGAUCAUGGCGGACUUUAAAGCCCAGUUGUAUGAGAAAAGAAAGAAACUUCUGCGGUGUGCCAUCCACUUUCACACCAACGGGUCCUCCAGCAAUGUGUAUUAUCAGGUGGACGGCUCGGAAAAGCGAUCCCACAAGCGAAUUGAAGUCCAACCAUCUCUUACAAAACAUGUUUUUAACUUUCUUGAGUUUAUGAAACAGAAAGGAAUGAGCUUGUUUUAUCCACCAGUGCCUAUCCAGCAGACCUCAACCGUCACCUUGGUGACGAAGAAACCAGUUACAGGGGGCGAUGCCACUAACUCAAAUAAGCCGUUUGCUUCAUCCUGUGUUGCUAUAGGCAACCAGGUAGCUUACUCAUUAGACCUGGGCGAUCGGUUCCUGAGAGCUAUCAGGGACCAUGUCCUUGCAAUUGGAGAAGAAAAUUAUCCGCUUACUAUCCGGCUCACACCAGCUGGACAUAAGUAUUUCAAGCAGUCGCAAGGAAUUGGUGAGAGCAUCAUUGCAACAGCUGGAAUGAGCCUCUCUGAGCUUUUGGAGUUCACGUUCAUGCUUCCAUUGAGCUUCAGGAAAAUUGCAGCCUGUGAUUCACUGGUAGAGAACUACACAAUCCCUUUGAAGAGAUUGACGGUGACUCUUUUCGACUUGAAUACAGACUAUCGUAAAACCAGGACGGUGUUAGUCGAUCAGAAACGCUUGCCCUGGAUACGUUGGAGUGGCUUUACAGGCCAUGUUCCCGGAAAUCCUGGAGCUUGUUCACACCCAUAUUCGUUCCAUGGCAUCAAAGGUAAACUUCCCGACAAUCUCGAGCCAACCUCCUUUGGUCAACUGGGGGGUACAGGGCUGUACUGCUUGCUUGUUGUGUUACAACUUGGUGAGAACGAUGCGUGUUUCCGUUGGGAAAUUAAGCUUGGAAUUGCCAAGCUUUGA